AUUGGAGCACAUCGGGUGCCGUUCUUGUGUUUCCUCUGGACUUCUAUCUAAGAGCCGUUUAUCGGACCAUUUACCCGACAGGUGGCGAUGACCCGGAUCUAUCAGUAACAAGUCGAUCACAUGAGCCGACGGGGCUGGAUAUCCCGCCGUCACCUGGGUUCAGAGUAGAGGUAAGAGAGCAUCCGGACUAAAGAGAUGGCUCUGCUAAUGGAGCACCAGUUCAGACAGCUGCCAGCUGACAGACAGGUGGAAACGAGACCGUUUCUGGAGGCUGUGUCAUACCUUCCACCGUUCUUUGACUGCCUUGGCUCUACUAUUUUUGCACCAGUUAAAGCUGACAUAUUUGGGAACAUCACAAAAAUCAAGGCAGUUUAUGAUACAAACCCAGGACGGUUCAAGACACUCCAGCAGAUUCUGGAGGCAGAGAAGGAAAUGCACGGAGCAGAAUGGCCCAAAGUUGGAGCGACGUUGGCUCUCAUGUGGCUGAAAAGGGGUCUUCGGUUUAUUCAGGUCUUUCUUCAGAGCCUGGUGGACGGUGAGAAGGAUGACAACAAUCCAAACCUCAUUCGAGUCAAUGUCACCAAAGCCUAUGAAAUAGCCCUGAAGAAGUACCAUGGCUGGUUGGUGCAGCAGCUUUUCAAGGCAACUCUUUUCGCUGCUCCAUAUAAGUCCGAUUUCCUGAAGGCCCUCUCCAAGGGUCGGGACAUCAAGGAAGAGGAGUGCUUGGAGAAAAUCAGGAAAUUCCUCAUCAACUUCUCUGCCACGGUUGAUGCCAUUUAUGAGCUGUACAAUAAGAUGAAUGCUGACCUUGACUACACAGUGUGACUGCCGGACGCUCCUCUUUCCUCCUGUGAUCUACUCAGUUUACAAAGUCAUCCGCAUUAUGCAAUCUACACUUGUGCAGUCCACAUCUCGACUUGGCUCCCUUCAGGUCUUCUGACAGCUCACUCUGAGAGUGUAUUUAUUAUACUCAUCAAAUAUUUGUGCACUUUUACUCAUCUGUUUCCCUGCUCUGGCUUUUCUCUGUAUGCCUUUUAGUCACUGUUUUUGAUUCUGUUUUUUUUGCAUCUGCAGAUUUAAACACUGUAUUUUCUUUGUUCUCCAUUUGAAGAGUCAGGUCUCUUUAUAGGACAACCAUGUUAAAUUAAAAUAAUUGCCAGAUAUUUAUGUGAAUGAUCAUGGGUAUGCUCACAAAUAUGAGUUAUAUAAGUUAUACCAAGAAUCAAAGUGCUACUUAACUCAACAAAUGUUUUUAAACCAGCAACAGGACUGUUACAAAAGCCUUAAGCUAACUUAUUGAUUUAAUGAGCUACACAACAUAAUGCAAAACUAUAAUCUUUGUUACAGUAAUUGGCAUCUUAUAGUGGUAUUGUUUUGUUUUUAACACUAGAUAUAUUGAAGAAAACAUUGUUUUCAUCUUUAUCAGCAGGAAGAAAGAUGCUGUUUUUAUUUGAAAUUAUACCAACAAUCAGAAAAUUACAUAAGAAUUUAAACUGUUCAUUUUCCUAAUGCAUUUGAUUUCUCCUAUAUGAGGAAAUAGCCAUGGUGCCUUUAAGCAGCAGUAGCAAUAAUAGAACAAAUUAAAUUACCUCACUGAAAUACAGGCCUAUGGCUUUUAUUUUGACAUUAUUAUUUUCUAUUUUGAAAUCCAAAACACAUUCCACUUAUUUGAGAGAAGAUGCCAUAUGUUUCAUCUUAUGCAACAAAUGCUAUAUUUUUAAGAUGCCCAUUACCUUUAGGGAUUUGAUUCGAGUUUUUACUAUUUAAUGAACAAUUUAACAUCUAGAAAGUAUCAAAUCUAAGUAUUACAUUAUUAUAAAGUUAUUUAUUACCUUCAGUACAAGUUGUACAAAGUGUUUGAUAUCCCACAUGUUGGACCCCACACAAUACUUUGAAGGUGUACGUCCAGUGUUGUAAAUGGCUUUUAACAUUGCACACCUGUUGGUGCCUUAAGCUGGAGGUACAGAUCAUUGAAGUGACUAUGUCAGCUCUUCUACCUUUAAUCAUAUAUAUUUUUAUACAUGUCACCUUGUGUAAACCAGGGACACCAAUUAAUAACAAAUGUUAAUUAUCACUGAGGGUCUGGUCUGCCUCUAUUAUACCUCUUUGUUAUACAGGACUUGCAUAUAUUUCUAUUUUUCCAAAGCAAUGCUUUAUCAAGUGUUUUUUUCAGUCCACUCUGCUCUCAGGUUCUUACAUAAAACUAAAUGUAUAUUUUCUUUUAACCAAAUUUUCGAGGGAAGGUAAAGUUUUUGUUGAUGACCUCUGGUUAGUCUAUGUUCUUCUGAGUGCAUGCUCUGAUAUGUUUGUCUGAUGUCUCUUGUGGCUGAAAUUAUGUUGCAGUGUGAACAGUGGAAAUAACAAAUAUUGUAUUUUCAACUCAUGUAAACCAUUAUUUGCAAUA